AUGAUGUCCGGCGAGGCGUGGCUGUACCUCCUAGCGGUAUUGAUCAAUGCCGUGAAUCUGUUCCUGCAGGUUUUCUUUACGAUUAUGUAUUCUGAUCUUGAAUGUGAUUACAUCAACCCUAUCGACCUUUGCAACCGCCUCAACACCUAUAUCAUCCCCGAAGCCGCCGUACAUGGCUUCCUAACGUUCCUCUUCCUUAUUAAUGGAUAUUGGAUUGCGUUGUUGUUGAAUCUGCCGUUGCUUGCAUUCAAUGUUAAGAAGAUUGUGGAUAAUGCGCAUCUCCUAGAUGCUACCGAGAUCUUUAGAAAGCUGAAUGUGCAUAAGAAGGCAUGUGUCAUGGAGGGUGGGAUGAAAGAUAAGACUAACAGAGAAAUAGGAAUCGUUCAUCAAGCUUGGUUUUCAUCUGGUUAUGUUCUUCUUCUACCUCUACUCGAUGAUUGUGGCCUUAAUCCGCGACGAAUCGAAUUGACUUAA